GUAACGGUUUCAGUGUAAGUUCAUGUCGGAGUUUCGUUUCAGAAUAAUUUGUCGUAUGGCAUAUUAAGAAGGCAUGGCUGCAGUCGGUUAUACGAAGAGCAACAAGAACUUUAUUCGUUCUUAUCGUCUACUUGUUGAUACAGGAACACCGGUUCUAAAAGAGUUAUUUGAGACACACGUCCGCAUACAAGGUUACAGCACCAUUGACGAUUUUCUGAAGAAUUUUUCAAGACGUCUGCAAAAUCCAACUCUUCAGAAACACCAGUACGACUGCCUUUAUCCCCUGGGUGGAAGGCCAGUAGAUAUUGAGACUUGGGACAUCUCCUUACUCUGUCUGGUAUUAAAUAAGUGUUGCAAAUUGUCGCCGGUCGAAAAACAUGCAGUUGAUACUCUAAGACGAACACGUAAUACCAUGUUCAGUCAUAAGUCGACGACAAGUCUUGAUGAUACAACGUUUCAGUCAGUGUGGACAGACUUAGAAACGGCUAUCUUGGAUAUAUUGCAACAUAUUGGCAAUCAGAAUUUAAAGAAUGAAACACAGCAAAGAAUGAAGGACAUCAAAGAAAAUCGUAUUGAUGGCGAUGAAGCAGUGUUGGACACGAUUCGACAUCAGUUAGAACGGUUGAUCAGUGUUACAGAAAGCAACAAUACGGAGACAAAGCUACAUGAUGACAAAGUCAUCUUGCAACGGCAUCUUGUCAAAGUUUACCCAGAAUAUUCAACAAUGGCAAGAUUGCCAGUAUGCCCAUUUGAGUCCGAGGAAGGAAUCCAUGUUGAUAAAAUAUACGUUGAAGAGAAAGUUAGAGAUAUAACGCCAAUGUCAAGACAAAGCUAUAUCGCUUCUGAAAAUGUGUAUCUAGAUUUGGCAAAUUUUGGGCAGCUAUUCAAAUCGCCAGAUGCAGAUGUGCCUCCUCGGCAUGUUGUUCUAACAGGAUCUGCUGGGAGAGGGAAGACAACAUUUUGCCUACGUAUGAUAAGUGUAUGGUGCUCUGCUGUUCAGAAGAUUUUGGAGUCGAAAACGGAUUUGACUGACCUUGAAGACGAUUUAAUCACACAGUAUGAGCUGCUAUACUUUAUUUCGUUACGAAAUGCAAUAGACGAGGAAUCUGUGAUUGAUAUGAUCGCAUCUCAAAUUCUUCAAGAAAAUAAAGCCCUUAUUGAGAACGUUAAAUCCUGUUUUCAGGGUAUGCCGGACAAGUGUUUAAUUAUUAUAGACGGACUAGAUGAAUGGCUUUCUUCAUCCAAUUUGCCAAGAAGAGGUGACUUGAACUUCUGCAAGAUAUUGUGGACAACGAGACAUUCAAAAUUGCAUAUUCUUACUGGCUUGCCGAAUACACGAAUUUUAGAAAUUGCUAAGCUCGAGGAGAAAAAUAUUCGUCUACUGGUACACAAUGUUCUUACCCAAUAUUAUAGACUUCUUAACAAGUCAGUCGGCAGUCAAGUUGAGAAAUUUAUGACAGAUUUAAAUAAACACAGUAUGCAACUUAUAGCCGAAGUUCCAAUGGUACUGAUAUACCUAGUCUGCCUUUGGCGGGAACAGCAUGGGUUAGAAGAUUCAAGGACAGUAAACUUUAUUGGAAUAUUGGAUUAUCUACUACGAAAGACUGAAACGACAACAGGCAAAAGUAAACCAGUAAACCUGCCUGGAGCUUUAAAUGUUCAUGAUCAUGUUAAAAAGAAUGCUCAACUUCUUCGUAGGCUUUGCCCAUUUGCGUAUGACUGUUGUUUGCAAUCGCUCUAUGUUUUUGAAGAAAGACCCGUUGAGGGACUCAUUGGCCAGGAAACCAUGAACAAUUGUUUGAUAACUGGAUUGUUAUCCAAAACUCAUAUACAUACAUCAACAUCUCGUGGGCGGAUUCAGUUCUUCCAUAAAACAUUACAAGAGCUGUUAGCAGCUGUAUGGGUUUGUUGGGAGGAACAGAAGAACCACGCAGCUCUUGAAGCUAUUUGGUCUGCAUGCAACACUACAGAGAAAAUAAUGGAGAUGUCGUUGAUUUUGAUAUUUGCUUGCGGUUUAAACCCCAAGAAAGCAGAGAAGAUUUCAAAGCACGUGGCUAAAACAGCGUUAUACGAGGACGCGUUUAUUCAAUACAGGCAGACGCUGGAAGGCAGAUAUUCGUUCAGACGUUCGAGAGAUGCGUCAUUUUCCUAUAGAAGAAUAAAACGCAUUCAGCAUUUAAUGUUAGAAUGUAAACGAGAAAUGCUACUAAACAGAAGAUACUUUGGGGAAACAAACAACAAAAUAUCCACUAGUUUUGGUUCUGUGUUUUCGGUCAGAUGUAUUGAUACUGUCUUUCCACUUUAUGACGUUGUCAUUGUGGAUAAGUUGGCCGAGGAUGUUAUCGAAAUUUUGAAAGAAAAUAAAACGCAUUUGAGGUCAAUAUAUGUCGACCUGCCAAAGUCUGAAAGGAGCGAACAGAUUGAAGACGUCAUUUGCAAGACGAGUCAGCUAGAGAGACUCCAUCUGGACCACACAAGCUCUUCAGUUAUCUUCAGGUUGGCAUCAUCGCAAAUGGAAAGACUCCGUUCGUUAUGUUUGUGUCUCAGCAAUAUUCGUGAACUUCCAAACUCAAUUGCCUAUCUAAGGAAUAUAUGUGCAUUAUGUUUGAGUAUCUCUGGAGAUCACAGAACGGUAGAACAGCUAGAAAGCUUCCUGAAGACCUCUAAAACUUUGAAAGAACUUGAACUGGAAAGUGUUAUUUGUGAAGACCAUAAAAGAGAAACAAGAAAAUGUAAAUAUUUGAUUGACGUCUCUGGCUCGAACAAUCUGAAAAGACUAAAGUUGGAAAACGUAUCGUCUGUCUGCACAAUACUGCCUUAUUCAGUGCAGUUGGAAGGUGUUUGGAUAUCUGGAGCUGCUUCGAAUCCUUCGUCGUGCCUUUGUCGUCUAUCGGAAUCCAGUUCUUUGUCUUCGCUUGUCUUGGGUCAUUUGCAGCCAUUUCGGCACUGGAUAAGAGCCGAUUAUGAAAAAGUCGCCUCUGUGUUACCUAGAUUACACCACUUAGAAUAUGUUUACCUAGUUGGAAUUAAUUUUGAACGCUUCGGUGUAAUUCCCACAUUUUCCUGUCAAAGGAAACUGAAAUACUUAUCACUUGAAAGCAUACAGCUUUCAAAAUCAGGCUGGAUUACGCUUCUUUUAAGCUUGGUUACACACAAAGGAGAGGAAAUUGUUUGCAAGGCAGAGGUACAAAUAAUGUCGACAAACCCUCAGAAGUAUGCAGAUGUAUGGUCUAAGGUCAAGGGAGUGUCUAUACAGGCAAAUGAAACAAGAAUUGUGCUUGGCAUGAAACAAGAAACAUGUCGUGAAAGGUUGUUAGCGUUAAAUGCAAUAAAGUUUUCGACAACAGUAUAAGCAUUACCGUUUACUAAAUUGCCGCCUUACUCUUAAAGUGAGCUAAGUUUCAUUUUUUAAUAUAUCUGUAUAUACCGCUGAAUUCUUCUCAGACAGAGCUAUCUAUUGGUGUCCUUGAAAUUAAGAUUGCAAGCCACGUUAAAGACUUUUUUUUGCAGUCAUAUCUUGCAAUAUUUCUGUCAUUUCGCAGACAUGCUUGCCAAUUACACUGCGGUAUGUCCUGGAGUUAGCACAAUAUAAUGAUAAAUUGAUAUAUUUUCCCUACAUUUUUUAACUUUUUGUUUCAUUACAUACUAAGCUAAAUCCUUUUUGUUUCGUCACAUAAGGAGAUAACUCCUUUUUAAAUCAAACAUUAUAGUGAAGUACUAGUAUAUCUUAACACAUUGUAUUGAACCAGUGGUAUUAAGCGCACUAUAGAAGUGAAAAAUAUCUUUUUGUCAUUUUUGAGCUAAAAAUAUUCAAAUUAUAAAGAAAGAAUUAUGUGCACCUUGAACCGGAAUUUUAAUAUUUCAAAAAUGACUUUAACCAUGAUAACCGGAAUAAUUGAUGUCGACACUUCCCGACAUGGAAAAAUGAGGAAAUAGCUCUCUUUAAGAAUAAGACGACGACAUGAGAUAAUUGAAAAUUAACGUUACAAAUAGGAGCCUGUGUAUUUGUUAGCCACUGUUUUACUUAUACUUAAUGAAACUACUUCGGACAGAGCAAUGGUUGUGGUUUGUGACUAUAGCUGCAUUUUGUGUUACUCACAAGACACUAAAUUAUUUUUCUUCCAUAAUACUUCUGUUUUUUUGGCUUGGAUAAUUACAAGCUGAAAUUAUGUUCUGCGAGCUUGAAUUCCAUAUACAGUCAUGUUUAUUGCUCUGACGUUUCAUUGUUUUUUCAGUUUAUCAAAUUAAUAUGAAUUAUGCAGGACAUCAGAGAAUACAAAUAACCACUCGUAUCAAUAUUUUAAAAGCAUUGUAUUAUGAAAAAGUAAUGCAGCUAUUCAGCUUAUCUAAAAUAUAACAAAUGAAAGAAAAAUUUAAUGAAUGAUUCGAUGAAGCGUCAUGAUGAAAUAAUCCCAUUUCUUUCUGAACCCCUGUCUCAGAACUGUCUACAUCGUUCGAUGUUCAGUUAUAUCUUAAUAUGUUACAUUUCUUUUGACUCCUUAAUAAAUUUGCGUCCCUAGUUCGUGCUAUAUAACCGGUCAAUAGCCAACGCGUGUUUACGGCUUAUCAGUCAAAACUUUAAAAAUUACGUCUGAGAAAAUUAAUUUCUCAUGCCAUGUAGUUUAACACUUUUGAAUGGGUUAUCGUUCAAUAGUUAAAACUUAGUUAAAACUAUUUAGGGUCAAGCCAAUAUGUGUAUGAUGUAGAGUAUUGUUUCACUUUGUUUGUUAUGCAAAAGUUAUCAUUGUGUAUAAACAAUUAUCAUCACCCUAUACAAAUCAUUGUUCUGAUUAGUCUGUUAUCUUUAUACAUUACAUUGCCAUAUUUGAUGAAUUGAGUAGUAUAAACUCAGUUUAAGACUAUUUCUUUGCAAAUAUAUAAAAGUAUUUAAGGCAGUGGGCCAGUGCGAUUGCAUAUUUUCCAUUAUGCAGUUUCGGCAUCCUUCGGCCAUAGGAGGGGCCUCCGUGGUCGAGUGGUUAAGGUCUAUGACUUCAAAUCACUUGUCCCUCAUCGUUGUGGGUUCGAGCCUCACUCGAGGCGUUGAAUUCUUCAUGUCCAGCUGGCUUACGGAAGGUUGGUGGUUCUACCCAGGUGCCCGCUUGUGAUGAAAUAAUGCACGGAGGGGCACCUGGGGGUCUUCCUCCACCAUCAAAGCUGGAAAGUCGCCAUAUCACCUUUAACUGUGUCGGCGCGACAUUAAACCCAACAAAAUAAAUCAAUUCGGCCAUAGGUGAAAAUUCCAAAGGAAAAUGCCGAAAUCGUAUACAGGGAACACAUAAUCUAACGGAAAAUGCCGAUUGUAAUUUCUGGUCCAUUACCUUAAUAUUCCUAAAUCAGAUAAUGCAAAUCUUAUAAAACACCAUUAGGAAUUUUAGACAUUUCAAUUUUGUGUUUGUUCUUGUCUCCGUAGUGGGCCCAUAUAAUGACUACCGGCAACUUCCGUUCGAUGUUUACUUGUCUGAAAACGACAAUAAAACCGGUAUUCAUAAACAUUUCACUGCUAUUAUUUAUCUGAAAAAUAGUGUCCUUAAAAGUAACACUCAUGUCGUAUCAGACUGAAUAUCGUUUAAACAUUUGUUAACUUUGUGAUACAGCUGUUUUGUCAAACAGUUGUGAUGUUGGAUUGUCAUAAACGGAAUAAAACCAAUGGCAGCUUUCAUUUCGUCAUUGAGUCAUUGACUGUUGAAUUAGGUACUUAUAUAUUAGCUCUUAUUCAAAUAAAACAAUAAAACAAUUGUUUGUUAUUGGA